AUGUCUCGACUCGGGAACCGCGCCGACUGGGCCGACGACGAAGAAUUUGACGACCCCUCCGCGCUCCCCCCACAAGAAGUUAUUACCAACAAAGAUGGCACCAAGACCGUAAUUUCCUACCGCUUCAAUGAUGACAACAAAAAAGUGAAGGUUACCCGCCGCAUCAAGACCAGCGUUGUUCGUGAGCAUGUCAACCCUCAGAUGGCCGAGCGACGAUCGUGGGCCAAGUUCGGUCUGGAGAAGGGCCACCCUCCCGGACCUACUUUCGACACCACCUCCAUCGGCGAGAACAUUGUCUUCCGCCCUAGCACAAACUGGAAGGUUCAGGCCAAAGAGGCCGAGAAGGAAGGCGAGAAGGGUGGUAUCAAGGACCAGCUCAAGGACAAGAAGGUCAAGUGUCGUAUUUGCAGCGGAGAGCAUUUCACAGCCCGCUGUCCGUUCAAGGACACCAUGGCCCCUGUCGAGGAGGGAUCUGGCGCUGCUGGUGGUUUGGACAUGGACAACGAGGAUGCUGCUGGCGGUCUGGGCACCGGCAAUUCCAGCUACGUGCCGCCUCACCUUCGCAAGGGCGGUGCUGCUGGCGGCGAGAAGAUGGGUGGUCGUUUCGAGAAGGACGAUCUUGCUACUCUGCGUGUCACAAACGUCAGCGAGUUGGCGGAGGAGAACGAGUUGCGGGAUCUCUUCGAACGGUUCGGCCGUGUUACCAGAGUCUUCCUCGCAAAGGACAGAGAGACCGGGCGGGCCAAGGGCUUUGCUUUCAUCAGUUACGCGGAUCGGGGCGAUGCUGCGAGUGCCUGCGACAAGUUGGACGGCUUCGGUUACCGCCACCUUAUUCUCCACGUCGAAUUCGCCAAGCGCUCUACUUAG